AUGUACGUGCACACAGAGAUGGCCAGGGAUACGCCAGGCUCACCGAUGUCCAGAUCGAGAGACUUGGUCGGCGGAGUUGGCGGUGCUGCUGCGACCACCUUGACAUCGGCUGGCUAUCACGCCACCUCCGGCGAUCCAGCUGCCCUCCAUGGCCACGUGCUGCAACAAAAGAUACUCGAGCUACAGCAGCAGCAUCAACUUCAACAGCAAAUUCUGCGGCAACAGUACCAGGCGCAGGAGCGACAGUUGGCCGAGUUACACGAGCAACAGAUGCAUCAGCUGAAACUCUGGGAGCAGCAAAAACAGCUGGAGGAACAGAGGAGAGAAAAAGAGAGACUCGAAGCACUGAGGAAGAAGGACAAACACGACCACAGCGCGAUCGCUUCGACGGAGGUGAAGCAACGACUUCAGGUUGCAGCCGCAAUCGGCGGAUUCGACCGGCGCUGUGAACGCCUCGCAUCCCUACCGGAUGCCGCAGAUGCUGCAGGAAAAGUUCGCCGAUGAUUUCCCGCUUCGGAAGACAGGUACCCUCGGAGCCGAACCUGCUGAAGGUGCGACUAAAGCAACGCGUGGAGAGGAACAUGGCCGCGUCGAGAAAUUCACCGCUGAUGGCACGCCGGAAGGAUCGUCUGCUGUCGCACCUCAAGCGGAAAUCACUGCUAGCAAUCUCGCGAGUACGCGAGACCAGUUGCUCGUGGCCAGGCAUCUCUGUCGCCCACGUAGAUAUCGCCGCUCGCUGAUCGAACGCUUUCCAGAUUCUAGCAGCAAUCCGGAGUCUGGGCCUAAUUCACCACCGACCGUGAACAACUCUCAAGCGAGCCCCACCGCCGGUGGAAACGCAGCGGCAGCCAUCCAAGAAGAGACGGAAAACACCGGGUACGGCGGUCCGUUGACCAGCAGCAGUCAGCAAGGUAGCCUCUCGGAUCUGUCGCUGUUCAGUUCACCGUCCAUGCCCAACAUCUCGCUGGGACGACCUCACGUUCCAUCCGGUUCCAGCACGGUGAGUAACCCAGAGAUUCCCAGAGAGAGAGAGAGAGAGAGGAGUGAUCUCGACUGUGCUCGGCAGACCGGCACGAAAUUGGCCACCGUCUCGGAAGCGGAGGUGCGCGCGGCGUUCACCGCGCGGCUAGGGAUGCCCCUCACCGGUCAAAUGUUGCCCGGCACUUUGCCCUUCUAUCCAUCGUUGACGGUGAUCGAAGGAGGAGGAGGAGGAGGAGGAGGAGGAGGUGGAGGAGGAGACGUCGCGACGCCGGGCUACGUUCACAAGCAGAUGCAAAACCUGGAGCAUCCGUCGAUAACGAACCGGCAACACCCGUCCGCGGUUUAUCACGGUACUGCGACUGCAGCGGCCGCCGCCGCUCCUAUCACGGACACGCAAGUAGCGCACGCCAGGCUGCAAAAGGCUGGUCACCGGCCUUUAGGUAGCAGAACUCAAUCCGCCCCGUUGCCGUUGGGUCAUCCGAUGCUGCAGGGCGGCAUCAUCGCGCCGCAAACCCACUACGAGGAGUAUCUGACGGAGAAGCAACUGCACGAUCAACAGCAGCAACAGCAACAGCAGCAGCAACAACAGGCGCACAACUAUCUGAAACAGCAGAUUAGACAAACGGUGUUGACGCGGGUCGGAUCCCGGGGCCAGACGAACCAGCUGGACGAAGCUCCGGAAACGGACGAGUCCGCCGAGGUGAUCGACCUCACCGGAGGGAAGAAGGAAUCGUUGUCGGAAGAGAGCGAGAUCUCGAAGCAGCAGAGGGAUCGCGAACAAUUUCUUCAACAGCAGAGGGAUCUGAUGAUGAGACACACGUUGCAGAUGUCGAACGAAUCGUCGACGGCCUACGGUAGCAGCGGCGGCGGUGGUGGUGGUGGCGGUGGUAGUGGUGGUGGUGGUAGUGUUGGUGGUGGUGGUGGUGGUAGUGGUGGCGGUGGUGGCGGUGGCGGCGGUGGCGGUGGCACCGUCGUCAGCGUCACCGGUAGGAGCGGUCAAGUCAGCGCCAGACCCCUCUCCAGAGCGUUGUCCAGCCCGUUGGUUCACUUGGGUGUCCAGGGAAGCCAAACCACCGCCGGCGAUUUGUUUGCGCGCGCUUCCUCCCAUCGGUCCGCUGCCGCCGCCACCACCACCGGUUUGGCGUACGAUCCACUGAUGCUGAAGCACGCCUGCGUCUGCGGCGAAACGGUGCGAGGCCACCCGGAGCACGGAGGCAGGUUGCAGAGCGUCUGGGCGCGGCUCUCGGAGACCGGGCUGCUGCAGCGCUGCGAUCGAAUACGCUCGCGCAAGGCCACCCUCGAGGAGAUUCAAACGUGUCACAGCGAGGCUCAUACCCUUCUCUUUGGUGAGUUUUGUGUCGUCCUGCCGAUCAAGAGCUUCGUGCGGCUGCCGUGCGGCGGAGUGGGCGUCGAUUCGGAUACCACGUGGAACGAACUGAAUACCGCGCCAGCCGCCCGAAUGGCUGUCGGCUGCGUCGUCGAUCUGGCCUUUAAAACCGCCAUCGGUGACAUCAAGAACGGUUUCGCCGUGGUACGGCCGCCGGGACACCACGCCGAGACGAAUCAAGCCAUGGGUUUCUGCUUCUUCAACUCGGUCGCGAUCGCCGCGCGAUUGCUUCAGCAGAAGCUCGACGUGCGGAAAAUCUUGGUCCUCGACUGGGACGUGCAUCAUGGAAACGGGACGCAACAAAUGUUCUACGACGAUCCGCGAGUGCUGUACCUGUCGAUACACAGGCACGACGAGGGCAACUUCUUUCCAGGGACGGGCGGGCCGACCGAGUGCGGGGCCGGCGAGGGUCUCGGUUACAACGUGAACAUCGCCUGGUCCGGCGGCCUGAAUCCACCGAUGGGAGACGCGGAAUACCUGGCGGCGUUCCGCACGAUCGUCAUGCCGAUCGCCAAAGCCUUCGACCCGAGCAUCGUUCUCGUCUCCGCGGGAUUCGACGCGGCCGUUGGACACCCGGCGCCACUCGGCGGCUACAAAGUCAGCCCCGCCUGCUUCGGCAAAAUGACGCAGCAGCUGCUCGGCCUGGCCAACGGCAAGAUCGUACUCGCCCUCGAAGGUGGCUACGACUUGGCCGCCAUCUGCGAUUCCGCCCAAGAGUGCGUUCGAGCUUUGCUCGGCGACGAACCAACUCAACUUCGCCAAGAGGAAUUGACCAGGAUACCUUGCCAGAACGCGGUCGACACGCUGCAAAAGACCAUCGCCGUGCAG